AUGCUCUUUAAACUCCGAGCGCCAAGCCUCGAGAACACCAACAUAGUUGUAGACACCUAUGAUGCACCCAGGAUUGUCUUAAACAUCAAUACCGACAAUUCCAAAAUCAUUGAACUUUAUGUAGGACGUACUUAUACCUGUUGGCUUAUAGAUAGUAGAGCCGCCGUUAGUUUAGUCAAGUCUGAAGUUGUUGAGCGCUUAAACUUACCAGUUGCCCCGGACGACCAUAGGAUCAUCACGGAUAUAUCCGGAAAUGUUAUCCAGAAGGGAGGAUCAGCGAGAGUACGAUUCAACCUUGGAUUUAUAGAAAUGGAACACCAAUUCGUCAUCUGUAACAAUGAUCUAAAGUUUCCAGCCGACGGAUUAUUAGGCAUCGAUUUCCUGGAUCAUCAUCGACCUAUCCUCGAUUUAAAUGGUGGAUUAAUUAGGUUACACGGGACGAUUAUACCCCUGAAAGUUAUGCACCCCCUUUGGAUACAUAAGCCAGCUACCGAGACUCCUAGCUGUCGCGGAUUACAAGGAGUCUUUGGCCCGAGGCUGACACUGUCAGCUAUAGAAGUACCUUUCAAAAUUGUACCCAUAGAGACGCAUCUGCGCAACCCACACAGGUUUCUAAGGUUCCUGUCGUGCAUAGGCGACAACUGCAGUCCUGUGAAAACGCGGAUUCCCAGAGUACGGGUGCGGCGAUCCCCGCGAAAAAGAGUCAGUCAGUUGCAACGAAGGGUUGAGCUCACGAAGGUCUCGCUGUUGAAGGUGAACCCAUGUCUGGACACGAGGAAGGCGGAAGAAACCAGACCAUGGGACAUCCAGCUGGUCCAGAAACGCCAAUACGUGGGGGUCGACGUAUACACCUGUCUGAUCGCCGUGCAACAAACGAUCCAGCAUUGCGGGAUGCACUCGCACUCCAACAAAGUCGCAGGGGGCCUAGGAAAGUAUGUCCUGGACCUGUCGGACUCCGAGUGCAGAAGAGCGCAGAAAUUCCAACACUUGGACCUGAGGGCUAUCGGCUGGUAUGGUGUCCCAGCUCACGAAAAAUGGAACGACGGAGGUUUCCUCAACUCUGCAAGGACAACUGGACAUAGAAGGCCGCUGCGAGGGAAUGACCUUCACAGUAGGAGAGGUUGCCUACAAAAACGUAGUCGUCUCAGGAGCUAUCACCAUCAAGCUGUCUGA